AUGGCUAAGGAGAAUAUCGCUAGAGUGUCUCCCGAACAGUAUGGUUCUGUGCCCCAUAUCAUUAAUAUUGAUAGAGUAAGACCUUUCCGUAUGCUGCUCGCAUGUACAGACAGGCCUCCAUUGUGUCUUCAUUGUCGCAAUGUAGGACACAUGGCAAGGGAAUGUCCUUCUAAGAUUCGUAGGAAUGUUGAGACGGAAAAGAUGAAAUCUUAUGCUGAUGCAUUGAGUGGUUUUUCUGGCUCUGGGGACGACGCUGUCCAGCAAGUCCCAGAGGCCGAAGGAAUGGAGGCAAAGGAAAUAACAGUGGAAAAAGGUGAAGCGCCCUCCCAUCUCUUUUCCCCAGACCCAGUGGGCGAUUGA